UAGGGGAGGAGGGAGGAGGCCUCUGGACUGCGAGGCCAGGGGGAAGGCUGAGGUUAAGUCCCACGAUGCCAGCCUGCAGCUAAGUCCCUCAGGCAGGAAGAUGCAGAGGAAGGAGCCCUCAGGGCAGGGGGGCUCUGAUAAAUGAUACAGAUUGGGAGCCUCAGAUGCUACCGGUAGCCUUUUCUCAGCCAGAAGCGCCUAGCGGCUGUGGCUGUGGGAGGGCCUGUGGGCAGCGCCCCCACCUCCUGGGGGAUCGGAGAGCCUGGCGGUUCCUCCGGCCUCCGGCAUUGCUGAGCUGGGGGCGAGAUCCUCCCCGAGACCGCCAGUGCGAGGGAGGGCAGCGAGCACAGGCCCAUGCCUUGCCCCUUCUUGGCCCCUGCUCCUGGCAGCCUUGGGGGAAGGAUGGUGGCAUAGGUCAGCUGGGGCCCAGGCCUCACGUGGGCUGUCACAGUCCCUGAGAAACAGGCCUCCCGCCGUCUGCUGAGGGCCCCCCCAGGGUUUCCGGGUCAGCGUCUCCACUAUCCCAAGAGCCUAAGGGUGAUCUCCACCCCCUUCCCUGUAAUGCACCAUCCCCUGAGGCUGGAUCCAGUAGGGCACUGGGGAGCAGCUCCCAGGCCCCCAGCCACCCUAUCUGCUUCACCCCGGGGGUUGCCUGCCCAGGGUUCCUCUGCUCCCACACGGAAGUUCAAGUGAAGCUCCGGCUGAAGCCCUGCCCACCCCCACACACCUCCCAGACCCCCGAUUCCCCCACCACCCCACCCUGCUCCACAGCCCUAUUGUGAGGUCAGCGCCUUCCAAUAGGUUCCGUCCAGAGGUGUGUGGUGGGGCUGGGGGCUGGACAUGGCCCCCUGUCCCCAGCCUGACUCCUGCCUGGCUGGCGGCCCUCUCGGCCUGAUAUGUCUGUCCCUUUUGCUCAUCCCUGCUGCAGCUGGAACGUACUGUGAGUGCAGCCUCGGCCUCAGCCGCGAGGCCCUCAUUGCCCUGCUGGUGGUGCUGGCGGGCGUUGGUGCCAGCUGCUUCUGUGCCCUCGUCAUCGUGGCAAUUGGUGCCAUGCGAGCCAAGAGCCUGACCCAGCCCGUGUCGCGCAGGAUGGUGGGGCACUUCGGGGUCCAGGAAGAUCACACGGACCUGCACACGUUGCACGUGGAGUCCCACCUCAUGGACCCUGACCUGGAGGUCUCCCUGAUGCCUCCCCUGGAGGCUCACGGCCUCAUAACCAUCCCCAUGGACCCGAUGGCCCCAACUCUGACCCUAGAGGAGCCAGCCCCUCUCACCCCCCCACCUGAGUAGGGCUGCGGGCAGCCUAGGGUAAGAGAAUUAAACGGUAUUUAGUGCUUC